AUGGUAAAUACUAGAACUUCUUUUUCGGCUCAUGUGCUCAAGUUGGACCAUAUUGCAGAUGUUGUGACCACUUUGAUGAUAAGGGAACCAACUUCGUCCCUGGCUUCAACAAAGAAGACUCGGGAAGUGAAACAACAAUCUCCUUGGACUAAGGCUUCUCCAAGACUGACUCGCAUCAUUGAGGACGGUUCUUUCAGAGAGGUAACUGCCUUUAUCAAUAUACCAGACAUUUUGUUUUCUUGGCUUCUAGGCACUCCCGAGGAGGUUGCCUCUAUUGUCUCGAUGUUGGAUUUAUCCUUCGUAAAGAAUAUCCUCGAGGGGGAUAAGAUGGAACUGGCUUCCCAGCUAGCUCAUAGCAUGUUUAAAGUUGGUUCCAUUUUUCUCUUGUCUCUGUUGGGCGGGGUGAUUUCUUGGCCCCAAUUAGUAUUUUUCAAGGAGAGGGAUACUUGUAAAGAUAAGGUUGAAGCUAUAGAGAUGAAGUGA